AUGUCGAGUUAUGUGAUGUCCAUGAAAGAAAUCUUGUCGAAGAAAAGGAAACUGGAGGAUUAUGAGAUGGUGGCACUUACUGAGAAGUGCAACGCAAUACUCCAAAAGAAACUACCUCCCAAGCUUAAAGAUCCGGAAAUUGAAAUUGGGAGAAGCUUGCCCUACUACCAUGUCCUCACAAAUGGCAGACAUUCAGUGAAGCACCCAAGCAAUAUUAUUGAGGAUGUAUUGGUGAAGGUGGACAAAUUCAACUUUACUACAGACUUUAUUAUUCUUGAUAAGGAGGAAGAUGAAAUAUUCUGA